AUGAUCUAUUUACAUGAUAAAGUAAAUCUAUUUAUUGCAUUAAAGAAAUGUCUGUCAUCAUGCACAACAACUGUUUUAACUAAAAUAUAUAACUAUUUGAAAAAUUGUCGUAUAGCUACAAUAAUUUCACAUUCAUAUUCAUCUCAGAAAAAGAGGUUAGACAUUGAUGAUGAUGAUGAUGAUGAUGAUGAUGAUGAUGAUGAUGAUGAUGAUGAUGAUGAUGAUGAUGAUGAUGAUGAUGAUGAUGAUGAUGAUGAUGAUGAUGAUGAUGAUGAUGAUGAUGAUGAUGAUGAUGAUGAUGAUGAUGAUGAUGAUGAUGAUGAUGAUGAUGAUGAUGAUGAUGAUGAUGAUGAUGAUGAUGAUGAUGAUGAUGAUGAUGAUGAUGAUGAUGAUGAUGAUGAUGAUGAUGAUGAUGAUGAUGAUGAUGAUGAUGAUGAUGAUGAUGAUGAUGAUGAUGAUGAUGAUGAUGAUGAUGAUGAUGAUGAUGAUGAUGAUGAUGAUGAUGAUGAUGAUGAUGAUGAUGAUGAUGAUGAUGAUGAUGAUGAUGAUGAUGAUGAUGAUGAUGAUGAUGAUGAUGAUGAUGAUGAUGAUGAUGAUGAUGAUGAUGAUGAUGAUGAUGAUGAUGAUGAUGAUGAUGAUGAUGAUGAUGAUGAUGAUGAUGAUGAUGAUGAUGAUGAUGAUGAUGAUGAUGAUGAUGAUGAUGAUGAUGAUGAUGAUGAUGAUGAUGAUGAUGAUGAUGAUGAUGAUGAUGAUGAUGAUGAUGAUGAUGAUGAUGAUGAUGAUGAUGAUGAUGAUGAUGAUGAUGAUGAUGAUGAUGAUGAUGAUGAUGAUGAUGAUGAUGAUGAUGAUGAUGAUGAUGAUGAUGAUGAUGAUGAUGAUGAUGAUGAUGAUGAUGAUGAUGAUGAUGAUGAUGAUGAUGAUGAUGAUGAUGAUGAUGAUGAUGAUGAUGAUGAUGAUGAUGAUGAUGAUGAUGAUGAUGAUGAUGAUGAUGAUGAUGAUGAUGAUGAUGAUGAUGAUGAUGAUGAUGAUGAUGAUGAUGAUGAUGAUGAUGAUGAUGAUGAUGAUGAUGAUGAUGAUGAUGAUGAUGAUGAUGAUGAUGAUGAUGAUGAUGAUGAUGAUGAUGAUGAUGAUGAUGAUGAUGAUGAUGAUGAUGAUGAUGAUGAUGAUGAUGAUGAUGAUGAUGAUGAUGAUGAUGAUGAUGAUGAUGAUGAUGAUGAUGAUGAUGAUGAUGAUGAUGAUGAUGAUGAUGAUGAUGAUGAUGAUGAUGAUGAUGAUGAUGAUGAUGAUGAUGAUGAUGAUGAUGAUGAUGAUGAUGAUGAUGAUGAUGAUGAUGAUGAUGAUGAUGAUGAUGAUGAUGAUGAUGAUGAUGAUGAUGAUGAUGAUGAUGAUGAUGAUGAUGAUGAUGAUGAUGAUGAUGAUGAUAAUGUAAUCACAUCGAAUAUUCAGAAUUUACAUCAGACUGAUUUUCUACUCAAAUAUUCAUUUAUUUCUAGAUUUCAUUGA